AUGGUUAAGGGGUCGAUAUCAGCGAAGAAUCUUGUUUUGAAGACUUGUAGUUUCUUCCCUAGAAUUCCACUCGUCCAGGACAACCCAGCAAAGCCAUUCCCUAGUCCGUAUACCAACAUGCAGAAUCCUCCAACCGAAAACCCACCAAGUCCUUACACCCGCUGGAUCCGGAGCCUAUAUCCAGGUACGGAACAUAGCAUGGGCCUUGGUCCAUCCGAUAAUUGGGCACAGCAUGCGGGUGCGCUCUGUAUGUUGGUGCCCGUACAGAACCAUAAACCUUCGGAGUUGCUGGAUCCCUAUUACUUCAGUAUCCAUGGCGAACAUCCGGAGAAGCCAGUAGAUUUCCGCGAACGAAUGAAGAGAUGGAUCACCUUAGGCUCAAGUGCCUCGGUAGUUUCAACAGUCCCGGCCAUAGGUGAUUACGGCUAUAUCCGCGUUCCGACGAGCUACGAUGUGACUCCGGACCUGAAGAAUAUGAGCGGUGAGUUCGGGAUUAGCGACAUCGAUAUCGCAUGCAAUUACAGUGUAUUUAAGCCGCUUGCGGCUAUCGCGCAAAUCUGUUAUGGAUCGUUCGAGUUAUACCAAGGGCGAGGUGACCAGAUGUCCCACUUCGGAUACGCGGCGUACUCAUUGACAAUUCUACCCUAUGUGUUCAUGUCAUUUCUAAAUCUCAUUGCUGCGCUCUGCCAACCUGAAUAUCCGUACCUCUAUAUGGAGCAGGUCCAGGGCCCAAGGACUUUGGAAGGGCCACAGGAAAAUGCUAUAAACCUCCCGAUUCCAACCGAACCACCGUACACGGUAACACGCCCACUUGGUUCGCAGCAACUACAGGCCACAGUUAUGGAGUCCGAGAAAAUAGAAGUGCAACGGGAUUCAGCAACUAACUCCCCAGUUUCACAGACAGAAGGACAACCGGACCAGGCCGCUCGCAGCGCGGGAUUGGAGAGACCAGAGUAUCGAAACGUAGCUACAGAGAUGGUGCCCUCCCGUAGAUUCAUAAGCUGUGCGGUGGGAGAGGCUUGCGUGGGAGCCCCAGAACAGCCUUCAACUCCGGCGUCCGAAUGGGAGAUAUUCCGGAGCUAUAUGAUGCCCUUGACGGUUGUCGCAGUCAUAGCACUGCCUUAUCUGGUGAUAUACUGGCUCACCAACUUCGAUCCCGGCCGGAGCACAGCCGAACAGCGAUGGUGGAUCAUGACCUCCUUGGUGAUCGGUCAUUUCUCUCUCAUUCUGUUCAUAGUGGUAGAAACUCUUCUUGAUCGCUUCGCCGGCGAGAACGUUGCUGCUGGUGUUGCGGAGGGGAUCUGGGAGGGUAACUGGGGAGGGAUUCCUAGAUUGGUGCCAUCUGAGAGGCUACCGCCGUACGCAAUUCCAUUGUAUCUCUUUUUGAUUAGUUUUCCGGCGAUAGGGGCCUUUGUGAUGGUCGCGAGGAUGAUGCUAAGUUAUGAGAUUUGUACUACUAUAUGA